AUGCAUCCUUUCAUGCACACGCCACGCGGCGACAUCUUUGUAGAUAAUGUGCACAUCGAGCUUUCGCUUUGGGAUACCGCUGGCCAAGAAGAAUUCGACCGAUUGCGCUCGCUAUCAUAUGAUGACACCGACCUGAUUAUGCUCUGCUACUCGGUCGACAGCAAGGAUUCCCUCGAAAACGUUGAAUCGAAAUGGGUCGGAGAAAUCACCGACAACUGCCCCGGCGUCAAGCUGGUCCUGGUCGCGCUCAAGUGCGAUCUCCGCGAAGGCGGCGGUGACGACGACGAAGCCGACGAAGCAGCCGCAUCCGCCGCCGCGCCUGCAGACGGAAAUGCCAACUCGGUGCGACCCAAGGGACCUCUAAUCGAAUACGACAAGGGCCUGGAGGUGGCCAAGCGAAUAGGAGCCUCACGGUACCUCGAAUGCUCCGCCAUGAAGAACCGCGGCGUCAACGAGGCCUUUACCGAGGCAGCCCGUGUCGCUCUGAGUGUCAAGAAGGAGAGAGAGGAGAACAAGUGCACAGUAAUGUGA